AUGGCAACGGCCCAGAAGCAAAGGAAUUCUUUGAGUGCAGCAAUAUUUCCCAACAAAAUAUCAACUGAGCAGCAGUCACUGGUAUUAGUGAAGAGACUGCUGGCAAUAGCUGUAUCCUGCAUUACUUACCUAAGAGGGCUCUUUCCAGAAUUCGCAUAUGGAACAAGAUAUUUAGAUGACCUCUGUGUGAAAAUAUUGAAGGAAGAUAAAAACUGCCCUAGCUCCGGUCAGCUGGUGAAAUGGAUGUUAGGGUGCUAUGAUGCACUGCAGAAAAAAUAUCUCAGAUUAAUCGUUUUAGCGGUCUACACUGAUCAGGAGACCCCUCAAAUAGUUACAGAGUGCUACCAGUUCAAGUUCAAAUACACCGACAAAGGACCAUCAAUGGAUUUCACAAGUAAAAACCAGGAGAGUAAUUCCAACAUCACAUGUGCAGAUACUAAGAAAGCAAGUAUCCUGCUGAUACGGAAGAUUUACGUCCUAAUGCAGAAUCUGGGCCCUCUUCCUGACGAUGUCUGUCUAACUAUGAAACUGUUCUAUUAUGAUGAAGUUACGCCCCCUGACUACCAGCCUCCAGGAUUCAAAGCGGGUGAUUGCGAAGGGAUGACAUUUGAUGGGGAACCUAUGUACCUAAAUGUCGGUGAGGUUCCCACCCCUUUUCACCUGUUGAAACUUAAAGUGACAACAGAGAAAGAAAGAAUGGAGCAUAUCGAUAAAACCAUACUAAAGCAAAGCAAUUCUUUGACUUCUCGAAAGACACGACAUCUUGUUGAAGGGAAGGACCAGAAAAUGAAUGAAGUUUUUGUUGCAGAAAAUAAAAUAAGAAAACAGAAAAAUACACCCAGGAUCCUGCACACUGGAGAACUAAAUUUAGUAUGUGAAGAAGAUGAAAGUAUAAAAACUGAAGAACGCUCCUUCAAUAAUUCUCAGGUGGAACAUCUAGUCAAUAAAACAUCAGAACUCGAAGUAGCUGAGGGCAAGACUCGAAGCGGAAAGAGGUUUCAGUGCAACACGGGUGGUGUUGAAAGUACCCAAACGCAGUUAGCAGCACAGUGUCCUAAAGAAACUCAGAAGAGAAGUAGCUCAAAAUCAGGCAAACCAGUCUGUGAUUUUGAAUUGUCUUCCAGUCAAGAUUCGGGUUCCAAACGAAGAAAAAUUAGUGAACCGAAGGAGCAGCUUUAGAUAUUAGCCUCCUAAUGUUUUCAUUUCCAUUUUUCUUUUAGAAUGUUUCCUUCAUCGUAGCUAGUAUUUUGAUGUUUUCAGAUGGAAUAUAUUUUAAAUGGGUAAAGCGAUCAAACAUACUUCAGUGCUUAUAUUUACCGUCAAAAGGAUAGGAUUUUAAUUUAGAAACACAUAAAAUUCAAGUUCAUGAAAUUCACAUUUUAUCUAUCAGCUGGGUGUGUGUGUGUGUGUGUCAUGGGGGAGAGUUGCAGUUCUAUGAGGACAUUUAACCAUAACACACGGCAUGCAAGAAAAAAUUGCCCAUGUGGAGUUUCACAUAACUUCGGCUCUCGGCAUACAAAACAUAGCAUGUGUAGCUAGAAUAACAUGUAAAGAAAAUGAACUCUAAAAUUUUGCCUCAUUAAUUUUUCAAAAUGCUUUUCCCUUGCAGCAAGAAGGAAUUUUGGAUAAUUUGCUUAGGGGACAAUCCCAUGCACAUUUAGACAGAAAAAAAGUCCUACAAAACUCAGCAUUUCCAAACUAGCAAUGCUGGGACUUGUAGGAUGUUUUUUCUCUCUCUCCUGUCUAAACAUGCAUAGGAUUCUGCCUUUAGUCUAUUGAUUCUCAUAAAUAGCUACAUUUAGAUAGUUUUUGUUCUUUACAUGAAACUGAACUGUCAGAAUCUCCAAACAUUGUUACUACUUAUAAAUAAAUAAAAAUGAUAGGUGGGUAUAUGUCUGUGCAUGAGAGAGAGAAUGUGACGUGUUUAACAACAGUUAAGACAACAGCAACUUUUUAAAGAAUAGUUUUGCAAAAUGAGUAUACACUAUAAACUUUCCACUAACUGGAAUAAUCACAAGCAGCACUAUUUAUACCAUGUAAAUGAGAAAAAAAUGGUUUUUACUAAUGGUCUGAUCCUGAGGUUAAUCAUACCUAAGUCCUAUGGAAGGAGAAAUCCCAUGGAUUUCAACAGUUCUCAGACACAUCUGAAAUUUUCUGGACUGGGGCUAAUAAUUAACUUAUCUUGUUUUCUGUUACUAGAGGUGUUAUCACAAAGUUAGAAAAUGUUAAUUUUAUGCCAUAUAAUUCUUGAAACAUAAUGGAAGGCUUAUUUUGUCUCAAAAAUAUUGAUUUCUCAUGAAAGGAUUACAGAGGUCUGCAAUGACAUGUGCUUUCUGUUUUAAGCCUUCCAAUUUA